CCGCCUAAUUUUCAUCAAAUAAUUUUCUUCCCAAACAAUUCACUUUCAUCUUCAAUUAAUUUUUCACCAAAAAAACACACACACAAUCAGAGAGAUUAAAUUCAUUAUUUAUUAACUAAUUAUACCAAAAAAUGGUGAGAUCAUCAAACAGAUCUGUCUUUCAUAACAUCACUUCCAGAGAGCUCAUUGGCUUCAGAGUACGAAAGCGACCGUGUUUCGAGGGCGAAUCGAGUCAAUAUACUGAACUCGGGGGUUUUGAUUAUGGACUUGAAGAUGAUAUUACUCCUCCUAUGUCUUUAUCCUUUUGCAAGACAGCAAAGAAUGCUCAUAUUUUAGCCGUUACUGGUGAAGAUGGAUAUGUUUGCUUAUAUAAUACUCGGCUAAAGUUUUCUUCUUUAUCAACUAGUGCUGAAAAUAGAGAGAAAGCCAGGGUAUUUGAGUGGCUUGCUCAUGAUAAUGCUAUUUUUGACGUUUGUUGGAUAAAGGACGAUACGAAUUUACUAACCGCUUGCGGUGAUCAUUCUAUUAAAGUAUGGGACUCUCAAGAAAAAAAGUGUAUUGAAGUACUAACUGGGCACACUGGAAGUGUGAAAUCCAUCAGUGGCCACCCCUCUAACAAUGAUAUUAUUGUAUCUGGUUCAAGAGACGGGUCCUUUGCUUUGUGGGACUUGAGGUACUGUAAACGUACACGAGCAAAUGCCGCAUCUGCGACAAUAGCAAUUGUUCAAGGUGCUCAUGUUUCACCAAGUGUUAAAAUGCGGGGUAGAAAUACCAAGGCUGCUUCCAUGAGUGUUACAUCCGUUCUUUAUUUAAAAGAUGAGGUUUCCAUUGCUACCGCUGGAGCAGCAGACAGUGUUGUUAAAUUUUGGGAUACAAGGAAUCUUAAAGCUCCAAUUACUCAGGCUUGUUGUCAAGAUAUGCCAUCACCAAAAUGGGCAAGAUCAUAUGGCAUAUCCAGCUUGUCUCAAGAUUUAAAUGGGGUAUAUAUUUCAGCUUCAUGUAUGGACAGCAGCAUACAUCUCUUCAAUGUACUUCAACUUGAUAAGGGGCCAGUUAAAAGUUUCAAAGGAUGUGAUAUUGGUACAUUUUUUGUCAAGGCAAAGUUGAGCCCUGAUGCAGGUCAUAUACUUAGUGGUUCUAGCGAUGGAUUUGCCUAUGUAUGGCAGGUAAAUAAACCUCAAGUAGAUCCUAUUAAACUUGAAGGCCAUGAUGCUGAAGUAACAGCAGUAGAUUGGUGUUCAUAUGAGAUGGGUAAAAUAGCUACAUGUGCAGAUGAUUCUGUGGUCCAGCUUUGGAACAUUAACAGCAGUUGCUAUUCAACUACAAGAUCUCCUUCAUCCAUUCGAAGGAGAGAAAAAACUCUUCCAGGGAUUAAGCGUCGAAAGCUUUUUACAGAUGAAGAAACAAACGACCAAGUUAAUGGGGAUGAACCUGAUUCUUCAGCCGAACCACCAUUGAAGGUUGACUCUCCAGAUCUAAUAUCAGUUCCUGAAAUGAGAACUCCUGAAUCACUCAAAAAACAGAUAUCAAAGUCACACAUCAUUGAAACAUGUGAAAGAUCCCCAGAUACAAGUUUUGGCAGCCCUUCCUCUGUGCUGAAUCCUCCACCCUCUUUAAAAAGAAAAACCAUUUUAGAUUAUUUUGUGGCCCCUUCAUCAUAGGCCUUGCACAGUUUUUGUUGUAUAUCAUGGAGGUUAUCUAAGAACAUAUACUUUUGCU